GCCAAUUCUUGUCUCCAGCUUGAGUUCCCUAUGCACAAUCUAAUCUACCCCGCCGUCUCGAACGAUAGAGAUCUUGAUCUUUCUGGCGAUAAGCGGAAUCAUCGUUGGACAUCCACAGGACCGGGAAUUUCACCCGUCGGCCUCCCAAACCGCCUACCCAACCCAUUCUCCCAACCAACCGCGAGGUCCACUUUGGUGCCCCUCCUCCAGGGUGGAUCUGUCCGUCGUGUCCGCGUGCAGCUUCCUCAGCUGAAACGCUGCGUCCUCGUCUGGUUGCCAGCAGCAUCUCUACAGCUAUGGACCCUUGGCUCGACCUUGCUGGCGCGAAAUCAAGUUAGAAUAAUCAGAAACCGAACGGCCAUCGCGAUUUAGUCUUUUCCGCGCGCUUCGAUUCCACACCCAACCUCAAAAAGGAGCCGCCGCGAUGGCCCAGAUAUUGACACCUCGACAGGCGGAUGAGCUACACCGGGCCCUCAUCGCCUACCUGAUAGCCAACAACCUCACAAACACCGCAUCUGCGCUACGAGCUGAGCUAGGGCUUGGGGAAGAUGUUUUCGAUACCGCGACAGCGAAGAAAUAUGAAGGCUUAUUGGAGAAGAAGUGGACAAGUGUUGUCAGGUUACAAAAGAAGAUAAUGGACCUUGAGGCCCGCAAUACUGCUCUUCAGUCAGAGCUCGACAACGCGACGCCGACUUCACAACAGAACAAGGAUCCCGUAAACUGGCUUCCCAAGUCGCCAGCGCGACACACACUCCAAUCCCACCGAAAUCCGAUAACAUGUGUCGCCUUUCACCCAGUAUUUUCCUUGCUAGCGUCAGGCUCCGACGACCAGACAAUCAAAAUAUGGGAUUGGGAGCUCGGCGAGCUAGAGCGGACAAUUAAGGGCCAUACCAAGGCUGUUUUGGAUGUCGAUUUUGGAGGGCCUCGUGGAAACACGCUCCUCGCAUCGUGCAGUUCCGAUCUCACGAUUAAGCUCUGGGAUCCGUCAGACGAGUACAAGAACAUUCGCACCUUACCUGGUCACGACCAUAGCGUCAGUGCUGUGCGAUUCAUCCCAUCCGGCGUCGCUGGCGGCGCCGGCAACCUGUUGGUCAGUGCGAGUCGGGACAAGACGCUCAGGAUAUGGGAUGUAAGCACGGGAUACUGCGUCAAGACGUUGCGGGGACAUGCAGAAUGGGUACGUGAUGUCAGUCCGUCUGUUGACGGCAGAUUCAUCCUGUCGACAAGCGACGAUUAUACGGGCCGGCUAUGGGAUGUUUCAAUGCCGAACCCGGAGCCGAAGACGACACUGAUCGGCCACGAGCACGUCGUUCUGUGCUGCGCGAUCGCACCAGCAACUGCGUACCCUCACCUGGCUUCCAUUGCCGGGGUGAAGAAGCCGCCGGCCACCAGCGCUGUGGAAUUUAUGGCGACUGGGUCGAGGGACAAGACUAUCCGGUUAUGGGACGCCAGGGGAACAUGCAUAAAGAUCUUGGUUGGGCACGAUAACUGGGUGCGGGGCCUUGUCUUCCACCCAGGGGGGAAGUACCUGCUCUCGGUCGCCGACGACUACACGCUGCGAUGCUGGGAUCUUGCGCAAGAAGGCAGAUGCGUUAAGAUCAUAUCGGACGCACAUGGUCAUUUUGUACAAUGCAUCAGAUGGGCUCCUUCCCUGGUGAAGGACGUAGCCGUGGUCAACGGUGGUGACGGGCAAGGCGGGGAGGCGAAUGGAACGCCCAAGCCUGCUGAGACCGGCGAGGCGCAGAUUCGCUGCGUCAUUGCAACGGGGAGUGUGGACCUCAACGUGAGGAUCUUCGCAAACUGA